CUUCUUUCUAUCUGUAUGCAAGUUGCAACGCCGGCGAAAUCGGAAUCUCUGAAGGUUGGGUCGGUUGGUUGGUUGGUUGGGUGGCUGAAUUUGCUUUUCCUCAAUCCUCAACCUUCCAUUGUUACCCGCGCUGCAAUUUCUUCAUCUCUCCCUUUCUGAAAUGGCCACUUCACUUUCCUUGCCCGAUUCCUUAUCCUUAUCUACCCUACGCUCUAAAUCUUCUUCUGCUUCAGUUUCCUCCUCUUCCUUCGCCACCUUCCCUCAUCGCUUGCCUUGCCUUCUCCUCCACACCCAUAGCUUACCCGUCUUCCGAUGGUUCCAUCAUACCGAUGGCCGUGGAUCCGUAGCAGUAGCGUCAGCAGCAUCAGCAGCAGCAGCUCCUUUCACAGCCAAUUCCGAUUCGCCAAAAGGUGGGGACUACACUGUUGGUGACUUCAUGACAGUUAAAGAGGACUUACAUGUGGUAAAACCUACAACAACCGUGAAUGAAGCGUUAGAAAAGCUAGUUGAGAACAGGAUUACUGGGUUUCCUGUGAUUGAUGAUGACUGGAAACUGGUUGGUCUAGUUUCAGAUUAUGAUUUGUUGGCAUUGGACUCCAUAUCAGGUGGUGGAAGAACUGAUACAGACAUGUUUCCUGAAGUCGACAGCACUUGGAAAACAUUCAAUGAAGUCCAGAAAUUGCUCAUUAAAACAAAUGGCAAAAUGGUCGGAGAUCUGAUGACGCCUGCACCAGUUGUUGUCAGGAGAUCCACCAAUCUGGAGGAUGCUGCUAGAUUACUGCUAAAAACCAAAUAUCGCAGACUACCUGUUGUGGAUGGCGAAGGAAAAUUGGUUGGCAUUAUCACAAGAGGUAAUGUGGUAAGAGCUGCGCUCCAGAUGAAACGAGACACGGAAGAGCAAUUGUGAUAUCGAGACACAUCAGUCUCGGCCUGCUAUAAUUGUGCAUUUGGAGAGGUGAACUAAUCGAGCACUCUCUCAGUAUGCGCAAUGAUUUUAGGUUCUAAAAUUUUGUUUUAGAUGCAUGUGUAAAAUAUUUUAUUCACUCAGAUCAAUAUGCAUUAUUGUUAUAGCACGAAUUUCCUAACCUUUUUUUUAGUGUGUAUUUCAUACUGAUUUGAAUUGAAAAUGGCCAAUGUCUAAUAUCUUUCUGCUGGUUCAA